CACCCUGUAGACGUCGCCGGAGAAGAACGCCGCUCCUCCGUCGCCAGACGCCCCUGCCUCGCGCUCAACAGGAGAGGGCACGCGUCCGGGCAGCGUUUCCCGCUCGCGCACACGAGAUUGAACCGCGUUCGCCGGCUCAACAUCACACGCCUUCACUCACACGGAGCCUCACAGCGACGCUGACAUCAACGCCGACGGCAGAAAUUCGCCGGGGUGUCCGUAUAAUUGCUGUCGCUAUCAACGACGGCCACAAGUUUCCCCGAUCCAGUCAACAAGCGCACCGAUUCACGGAACAGUUCUGUCUGCUAUGUGCUGUGGUGCGAAAAUAGCGGCACGCAGUAGUCAACCUAUGUUCUUUUGUUUUUCUGCAUGGAGAAGGUGGCUCAUCCCUUGCCGCGAAGCUGGGGAAGCGUACCUACUUCUCAGAGGAUGAAGUGUGCAGCGAGGCCCUGCAGCGGAAAGUGCGUUGGGCCGGCGGCCGUUUCACCCGCCUCUACUUUGGCUACUGGCCGCUGCGUGGAGACCCCGAGAGUAGGACCGACGAGUCUUCGCUGUUCGAGCUGAGCCUGUUCACGCCGGCAGUCGCGGACAUGCGGAUCCACGGCUGCUCUAUGGAAAUGAACGUCUCCGCGAUUCUCGUCGGAGCAGCCGAUCUAGUGUUGCCCGCCGACACAGAGGAAGUGCGAAUUUUUGGCUCCGGCCAUGUCGUGGCAAAGAUCUCGUGGCCCGGACCCCGAGUGGACAACGCUUCCUUAACCGCCUUCCGCUUUCUCGUUGAACCAUCGGAGAGUGAAGACUCAGGACACGCCAAGUUGAUCGCGCAGGCCACCCAAGAUCUUUUGAUGAACAGGAUCUCGAAGCAGCUGCCCGAGUUUUUUCUGCGGGUAAUGGGCACCGGGUCAUCAAGACGGAGGAACCAAAUCCACCACAGAAAGCCCACGAUGCCACCACAUGCCUCGUCCAGUGGGGCUCCAGCAGUAUAGGCUGUCUCGCUCAGACUACACGAUAGUCUGCUAAGGAAUAGCGUAUAAAAUAAUGUGGAAUAGA